AUGGACGAAACUUCUUCCCAGCAAUCACAGAUUCAGACACAAACAACGUCCGAAUCGGACACCGAUACGUUACAAUACUGGUGCUACCAAUGCAACAAGCAAGUGGCCGUCGAAACCCUAGCCGAUCUCCCUGACGUCAUCUGCUACGAGUGCAAGAACGGCUUCGUUGAGUCUAUCGGUACUUCAAAUCCUCCUCCUUUAGCCCCAAAUCUCCGAGCCUCCGAUCAGAUCGACGAACCCUCUUUCGGCAACCAGUUCCUCCAAGUCCUCCGCCUCAUCGCUCAGGUCGCACGUGAAGAUGACUCGCCACCUCCACCUCCCUCAGAACACGCAGAUCCAUCUGAUGAUGACUAUCUUCGUAUCGAAUUCGGUGGGUGGGAUAACAACGACGACGAUGACGAUGAAACCGAGGUCGAAGUCCGACAUGUAGAUGAACAAGGAGGUGAUGAUCACAAUCAAGCUCGAUCCGAUGUUGAUGAGAAUGAAAGUCAUGAAGAACAUGACAAUCAUGAGGAGAGAGACGAAAACGAAAUUCGGAGAAGGCGACGCGAUGUGCUUAGGCUAAGGCUCAGGGACUUUGCGGCUCGAGCGGCGCGUAACCAGGUUAUUGAUUGGGCGGAGAUGCUGAUGGGACCGGAGGACCACUCCAUUGAAUUGCGAUUACAAGUUCCUGAAAUGGAUGAUUACAUAGGGAAUCCAGGGGAUUACGUAGACGCAGCUGGAUACGAGGAGUUAUACAAAAAUCCACCGCAAAAGUCCACAUCACCAAAUUUCACUGCCAUCAACGGCUCUUAUUUGCUCACAAAGCAUUCGCCGUAA